CAAAUGAACCUCUCAAUUUUAUUCAGCCGAACAACCAGUCAUAUCCACAGCGGCAAGUUAGCAGUUGAUGCCGUGCCACUGAGCCUUGGGCAAGAGUUUGGUGGAUACGCGCAGCAGAUAGGAAACGCAAUCGAACGUGUGAACGCCACCUUGCCACGACUGUACGAACUUGCUAUCGGCGGCACUGCUGUCGGCACCGGUCUCAACACGUACAAAGGCUUUGCCGAGAAAGUCGCUGAACAAAUAGCGCAACUGACGAAGUUGCCAUUCACCUCAGCAAGGAACAAGUUCGAAGCGUUGGCAGCACACGACGCUAUGGUCGAAGUGCAUGGCGUCUUUAAUGUUCUGUCAUGUAGUUUGAUGAAGAUCGCUAACGACAUCCGAUUCCUUGGUUCAGGGCCUCGAUCCGGGCUUGGAGAGUUAAUUUUGCCUGAAAACGAACCCGGUAGCAGCAUCAUGCCCGGCAAAGUAAAUCCAACCCAAUGCGAAGCGGUGACCAUGGUCGCGGCUCAAGUGAUGGGCAACCAGGUUGCUGUUAGUGUUGGAGGCUCUAACGGUCACUUCGAAUUAAACGUAUUCAAGCCGAUGAUCGUCCGCAACGUAUUACAGUCUUGUAGACUGUUGGCCGACGUUAUCACUUCGUUCACCGACCGCUGCGUCGUUGGCAUAUCGGCUAAUGAAACCAGGAUAAAAAAACUGAUGAGGGAGUCGCUGAUGCUUGUCACCGCCCUGAAUCCUCACAUCGGUUACGACAAGGCGGCUCAGAUAGCAAAGCUGGCCCACAAGGAAGGCGCGACGCUGAAAGAGACGGCCAUCAAACUUGGAAUUUUGACCAGUGAACAGUUCGACAAAUGGGUCAGACCGGAAAAGAUGCUGGGCCCGAAAUAG